AUGCACCGUAUUAACUCGUGGGCGAAAGCUCACGCAUCUUCUCGCGGUCCUCAACCUCAACAAGAUCCCGUUGCCCAAUCCACCCCGGCAACAGCUAUAAAUCAAAAACCCGAACCCUCGCACGAUGUACAAGUGAAUUCCUCUCCCGAGGCCUCGUCCGCCACUACCAUCGGAUCGGGGCCAGAUGAUGAAAACAAACAUAAUGCCAAACCACCCAUGCUCGUGCGCAUGCGCAAUGGCAGCGGUCGGUUCUACACCCAUACCAAGGAUGCGCUCUUACACAGCUGGGUUAAUGUCCUCUUGGUCUUUGUCCCACUCGGUAUCGCCGUUAAGGCUGCUGGUCUAAACCCGAACAUUGUAUUUGCAAUGAACGCGGUCGCGAUUAUUCCUUUGGCGGGACUUUUGAGUCAUGCGACAGAAAGCGUGGCCAGUCGCCUUGGUGAUACCAUUGGCGCGUUGAUCAACGUUACCUUCGGUAAUGCUGUUGAGUUGAUCAUUUUCAUUAUUGCACUGGUUAAGAAUGAAAUUCGGAUCGUGCAGGCUUCUCUGCUAGGUUCAAUCCUGGCUAAUCUGUUGUUGAUUCUGGGUAUGGCGUUCCUGUUGGGAGGUCUUCGGUUCCAGGAACAGAUCUACAAUAGCACUGUUACGCAGAUGAGCGCUUGUCUGCUCAGUUUGAGUGUGACUAGUCUUUUGCUUCCGACGGCUUUCCAUGCUUCCUUCUCGGAUACUAAGGAUGCUGAUUCCCAGACCUUGAAGGUUAGCCGUGGUACAAGUGUUGUGCUUUUGCUGGUGUACAUCUUGUACAUUAUCUUUCAGCUUAAGUCGCAUUCGUACCUGUACGCUAGUAUUCCUCAGCGCAUCAUUGACGAGGAAUCGCACCCUGGUGUUCUUGCUGAGUUCCUGAACAGCUCUUCGGAUUCUUCUUCUAGCUCUAGCGACGACUCCGUCGAUACUACUACCUCCUGGACUACCGCGAAGCGCAUCAAGCGCGCUAUGAAGCACCGCAGACACCGAAAGUCCAGUACAAGCUCCAAGGGCACGGCUCGCUCAGUCCGCAAGAAUGUCAUGGUCAACGAGAACCAGAGUUCCCUCGGAAACUCAAUCGCAAGCAACAAUGACAGCAACUCGUGUGCUAUCGACUUUGAAGAGGUCCGCUACGACGCAGAUGAUGACGCCAAUCCCCGUUCUCGCGAUUUCGGCGUGGAUGUGAACCGCGUCGAAAGCCCUCAUCCCAGUGACAAGGAGCGCAAGAAGGAGCGCAGGAAGCGUCGUUCCAAGCGCGCGGAGAAGGCCCAAGCCAAGAACGAAGCUCAGAAUGAAGCUAAGAACGAAGCCUCAAGCUCGAACGGUGCAGCAGUGCAGGAGAAGUCAAAACCUUCCAUGAAGGGCUUUGCAUCCGCACCUAACUUUGCAGGCAUGGAAGGCGCCGGAGAGAAUGACAUUGCUAAAAAGCGCUCGCCUUUUGGUCCCAUCCCUUCUUUGCUUUCGAACACUGUCUUCAGCUCGCAAUCUCCGAGCAACUCGCCUCGCAUUGGUGACUCGCGCCCAGCCAUUCAGCGUAGUAACUCUUUGCCUGCCCAUAUGAAUGCUCACAUGAACGCGCCUCCCGCAGGUAACCCUGUACAAUUUGUGCGUGGUGUCGCUCGUAUGCCUACAGCUGUUGAUCCCGUCACUGCGGAUGUUACCCAAGAACCAGAAGCUGCGAUGUCUCGCACCGCCGCUGUCGUUCUACUUCUGAUCUCCACCGCUCUUGUUGCCGUCUGUGCUGAGUUCCUGGUCGAUGCUAUUCCCGACAUGCUUGCCACCUCUAAUGUCAGCGAGGCUUUCAUCGGAUUGAUCAUCUUGCCUAUCGUCGGUAAUGCUGCUGAGCACGUUACCGCCGUCAGUGUCGCGACGAAGAAUAAAAUGGAUCUUGCCAUCGGUGUAUCCGUUGGUAGUAGUAUUCAGAUUGCUAUCUUCGUUACUCCCCUUGUCGUUAUCCUGGGCUGGUGUAUGGACAAAGAUAUGUCCUUGUACUUUACUCUGUUCGAGACUGUCUGUUUAUUUGUGACUGCGUUUGUGGUCAACUUUUUGGUCCUGGAUGGACGUAGUAAUUAUCUCGAGGGUGCGCUGCUUAUAGCAGCAUAUGUUAUUAUUGCUCUUGCAUCCUUCUUUUACCCUGGCAGCGGUGAGGCAAGUAACCUAGCCGGCUCCGAUUAA